AUGCCACCGAGACAGAUUGAGGUUAACGACGGUAGUAAUGGGGAUCAGGUAGGCUAUGAAGCUGCCCCUCCUAAUUCCCGUCCUUCUCUAGCAGAGCAGAUAGGAAGUGUCGUGCCUUCACCCCUUCCAGAAGCACCGCCUCCACCGCAGGAUGGCAAGACAGAGGAGGCCCGAGGUGUUGAUGAGGUUCAAGGUGAUGCAAUGAAUGUGGUGUUAAAAGGGAUAGCACAACUGCAGGGAUUGGUGAGUGAGAUGUCAACCUCACCGAAGCAAAGUGAGAAGCCAGAGUCUGUAAAGCCAGGCGUGUCCAACUUGCCAGAGUUGCCCACUCCGGGAGCUGAGAGUUGUCUUCUGUUUUCGGAUUGGAUUCACAACUCAAGGCCCCCCCUUUCGGACAUCUCUGAUACUAGUGAAGAACUGUGGGAAGGCGUUCUUAAUGAAGCAAGCACCUGGUAUGCAAAGUACCUGCAACUUGACCCCCUCAGUAGGUUGGUUUUCCAACCAGAGCCCUCAGAGUUCCUCAACAAGCCUAAGUGGUCAAGGGUAUCGCGUCGGAUCGAGACGAUGAUCCUGGCGGCUCUUCCGGCAACGGUGAGGCAAGAGGUUGGCAAGUUGCACGCCCAGUUGUUGAGUGAGUUGGAAAUGAUUGGCUGUAAGAAGGGUAACGAUUGUAACUUCGAGCAUUCUUGGAGCGCAAUCCCCUUUGAAGACCGGAAGGGUCGCUGCAAGACUUGUGGAGCAAAGGGACAUAAGGCCCAGGAGUGCAAGGCAGGCAUGAAAGAAGGAGAGGCCAAGGCAAAAGGGAAGGGAGGCAUGAAGGGAUCACCCAAGGCAGCGGUUGAGGCUAUCUCAGUUGUCCCGACUCCGCCACCACCUCCUGCUGCAGACUCACAGCAACAGAUAAAGUCGAUGCUGGCAGAUGCUGCACUGAUCUUGCAGCAGGCUAUGCCUCAGAGAGAAGGGGCUGUCACCGGUGAGGGUGCUACCCCAGGCGUGCCCAUCGCAAGCCCGCCGAAAGCACCUUCCUCUGGAGUGGCGCAGGGGACACCAGUGACCCUAGCGUCCCUCAGUGCGCAGCUGGAUUCACUGCGGGCGAUGACGCGUGAGUAUGAGGCGAAGAUGAUGAGGUUUGAGGAAGAAAGAGUGAAGGUUGAGGCUGUAGCGUUGUUAGACAGCGGAGCUACUCACCCAGUAGUGCCGUUCAGUGGUGACAUGUCAGGCCUCCAGAAGGUUCCUGUGACGCUUGCCGGGGAAUCAAAGGACCAGGCCUUAUCCUUGAUUGCAGAGUUGGAAGAUAAAAGACUUCAGUUGUUCAAGAGUGAUGUUCAGGAGCUGGAGUCCCGUAUGGAGUUGGUUUCCGCCCCUUUGGACCCCACUGAGGCCCUUCGACGAUACGCGGUAUCGGGGAAGCGGCCAGCCGCCUUGCGUGCUCUUAUCUCACAACCUUACUUAGGGUACUUCAAGGAGGAGACAGUGGGUAUGAUAGCGGAAGAGUUGAUAGGCCUAGAUGAGGACUCUGGGAAGCGUAUGAUGAAGCAGCUUCCACUUAAUCGUGCCAAGCGCAGGGCCCUACUAUCAUCGGAGAGCUGGGCUGUUCAUCUUUGCUCCGGCAAACCUCAGGAGGAGAAUCCCUUCCGGCGUUGGGCUGAGGAAAGGCAGAUACAGCUGUUGGAGGUCGAUCUUUUGGCAAAGGGAGGUAAGGGCUGGGACCUUACAGUUCAAGGAGGAGUUUGGAGAGUCCUGCUGUGGGCGGCGGCAACGGGGAGGAUUGUGUCAAUCUUCUCGUCACCUCAUCCCAAGGUGACUGAGACAAAGCCUGCCCUCGGACUGCAGCCGAUGUUCCUGUGGUCUCUUGCGUCAGUUGCCAAGGGAAAGGGAAUACCCUACGUGUUUGAGGCCCCAAAGAGGUUGGAACAGGAAUACCAGAAGUUCUCGACAUGGUCCGGAGGUGCAACCUCCCACCUUGAUCAGGCAGUGUUUGGGGAUGUGUACGCAAAGCCGACCCAGGUGUUUACUAACAUCAACCUGGUUUAUGCCUCAGAGUUGCCAACUCGGGCUGCAGCCAAAGGUGAAGGUAGCUUGGAAAAGGAUCCCGACCAGAGUGAUGUUGAUCAAGGAGGGAUUGUCGGUUAUGUGUGGAGGGAGCAGGCAUCGGAAUCCAGCAUAGGCGUGUUGCUCAUCCGCAAAUGUUUGCGCUAUCGGUCGACCUCUUUGGACCGGUCCCAAGGCAUGAGCAUGGUAGAGAUGGCUGCCUCGAAGGAUGCCGGUGUUGAAGAUCUUUUCGGAGAUGUCUCGCAGAAGGAGCCUACCCUUCAGGAGGAGCCUAUUGAGACCCCAGGUCGGAACCUCAUCGAGGAUUGUGCCGAGUAUGAACCCUCGGAGCCCGGGGAGCCCUUGGAUGAUGAGAUGCGCGUAAGGUUUGGGUUUGGUGAUGAAGGGGAUGCCUUAGGUCGGGAAGGUUCGUGUCAAGCUGUAGAAGCAGAGGAUUUUGAGUCCAUGCUUGCACCACGAAGCCCACCUAAGGACCCAGAAGAACUUGAGUCCCUGAUAAAGGACUUAAAAACACCUGUGGACCAGAUCGUGUUGCGUUAUUUCAUUCCCUUGAGAUCCAAGACUGGUCAAGAUGUAAUGGAAGGGUUGCAAAAGAUGAUCUUGGAUAUCAACAAGAGGUACCCAGUUAAGAUCCUUCAUAGCGACCCGGGAACUGAGUUCUCAUCCUAUGCCCUUUCGAGAUGGGCUGCGUCUCAAGGGAUCAGGGUCCAGCAUACCUUGCCUACCGAUAAGAAAGGGAAUGGGUUAGCAGAACGCAUAGUGGGAUGGAUAAAGAGCAGGGUGCGAACACUCCUUAAGGCAGCCUCCUUGCCGAUCCAUUGGUGGCCACUUGCCGCCAGGUGGGCAGCACAAGCGCACAACCGGUCGAUUGAGGGGCAGUCUGCACUUCCUAGCUUUGGCCAUCACGUGCUACAUCGCACCAAGACUCCCAAGGAUGCUGAGCGCCAGAUUCUUGGAAGAUGGGUGAAGUACCGCUAUGCAGCUCCACAUUCUUCGAUACCAGAAGGACAUGUGUUGAUUACCGAAUCUGGGAACUUAGUUGCCUCUAAGGGGUUUAAGGAUAAGGUGAUAGACCCGCUUGAGCAUGAUGAGCUCAAGUUACCUGAGCUCGAGGCAAUUGAUGAUGUUUUGAGGGAUGCCGACUCCUUUGAAUCAGGAGGAGCACCAUUGAAGCGGCUAAGGAGUAAGACUGCAGUGAGAUUCGUUGAAACCACUCUCGGAGAGUCGGCUGAGGAAUACUCCAGAGAGUGUAUCCUGACGGAGGACUACAGCAACACUGCCUUCCACCAGCUUAUGAAUCUUCUGAUGUCAGAGGAAGGGGGGACACAAGAUCGGAGAGGUGACUUGCGAGAUAAGCUUGUGUUUGGAGCCUACUGCCAUGGUGGUAAGAGGGGAGUCACUAAGUUGACCUAUAGAAGACCGUUUACCACGCAGUUCCUUAAUCAGGUUUUGUUUCGUGGUCUGGGUAGGGAAGGCUACAACCCAGAUCCGAAGUGGUCAUCCCUGAUGUUGAUGAGAUCUGGUGAUGUGCCGGUGCACCGGGAUUACAGGAAUGAAUGGGGCUCCAAGAAUCAUGUUCUCUGUAUCCCGGGUGGGUUGUUACUUUGGACAGAUGAGGCUUUCGAUCACUCGAAAAGGGCAAAAGUUGUGAAAGAGCCUGAUUGGAACUCAUCAAGUGUUACUGCUGUUAUAGGUAAUACCGUAUCCUUUGACCCCCGGGCACCUCAUGCGGUCAGGAAACAGCCUGAGUGGUUGUUAGUGGGAUAUACACCUUUGGGAACUAGGAAGCUUUCUGGGGAAUCAAGAGAUUAUUUAAGUGCUAGAGGCUUCGAUUUGCCGGACGGGCAUGAGGAAAGCGUCCAGGUUGCCAUGGUUAAGGGGUGUGAUGAUAUUGGUUAUCCGGGUGACGAAGUUCCAGAGGAGGGUGACCAAAUUCCGCAGCCUGCCAGCCCAACCUCAAUUGAUUUGGAACAAGAUCUGCAGCCGGAUUCAUCCACCACAUUGGUGGGAUGGGAUUUCUCCAGAGGAGAUCCUGCGGAUUUCCCGCUCGAUGCUUUGGAUGGAGGCUUCUCAGCAGGGAUCAGAUGUUUAUACCCAGAGUACUUCAGAACCGCACUCUUGACCCAAAUUGGCAAGGAGGAGGGAUAUGAAGUUGGAGUUUGGGAAGAUGAGUGGGUUCCAUUUGAGGAGUUAGGUAGCACCAAGGGUGCCUUUAGAAUAGGGGCUGAGCGAGUAAUGAAGGUUGAUGAUGAGUUCUUUACACCGAAUGUUGAAGGACUGGAUUCCUGCUUCAAAGGCAGAGGUGUUACCUGCGAAGACCGUGUAUACGGUAAAGUGUGGUUGGUACAGUCGAGCGUCGAAAGCAACCUGUGGAAGAUGAUCACAUCUGACAAUGUCACCGUGGGAUUUGUGAUUAUUUAUGUGGAUGAUAUGAUGUUUCUUUCAACCAAGGAGCAGGCCGAUCUGGCUUAUACCUGGAUUAAGGCUAGGUGGGAGUGUACGCCUUUGGAACAGGCGACUGAACAAAACCCCAUAACGUUUCUUGGAGUUGAGAUACACCUGGAGACUUUGGAGACAGGUGAACAAGGAUUUGCAUUGUGCCAGAAGGCAUAUAUAGAAGAAUUGGCGAGGAGCUAUGGCUUGACUCUUAGCAACCGUUCCUCUCCAGUGCCCAGAGAGUGGGUACGUGAGAUGCCGGAGCUAGAGGAACAACCGGACGACAACACUGUGAGGAAGGCGCAGAAGGUUACCGGGGAAGUUCUCUGGGUGGCCCAGAGGUCACGCCCGGACGUGGCCCAUUGCGUUGGCCUCAUGGCGUCUUGGAUAACGAAG